GUUAGAUUAGGUAUGUCACGUUAGGUUAUAUUAUGCACAACAGUCACCACGUGGAUAAUAUGGAGAAAUAUAAAAAUAAUUAUUGAUUGUAUUAUCCUUAAAUUUUAUACAAUGCUUUCGCAGGAUGCAAAUACACAGAUUUGUGCUUUGUGCAACAGUACAAAUUUUUAUAAAGAAGAUGGAUAUUAUUUUUGCAGUACGUGUCAAACGCAAAAUGAGGAUGUGAGAGAAGAAGUUUUUGACGGACGUUAUGAUCUCACAACAAAAUUACGAAAAAUUAAGAUAAAAUCAAAAAAAUCAGAUAAAACUGAGAUUAUCGGAUGGACAAGCUGGGAACUUUAUAAUUUUGUAUUGAUAGGAUUAACAAAUCAGCUUAUUCAAAUUGGCGCAGAUCCAAGUAUAAAAUUAACGGUUUUACAAUUGUGGUCAUUCUAUUUAACUAAAUUAGAAGUUGCGUUUACAUCAAAAAGUAAAAAGUGUAUUCCAAAAAUGGCUCGUCGAUAUCAUAAAAGAGACGCAGAAAUUAUUUAUGGCAAGAUUGAACAAAAAAAAAAGAAGAGGGAAAAGAAUCAGAGCAGUAAAACAAGUAGUAAAAGUUUAUCAAUAAUGUCUAGUUUUGUUACCAAUAGAAGUGAUUCAACUAGAGAAUUAAAUAGAAGCAAAAAACUUUUAGUCGCAUCAGAGUACAAAAAAUACUUGCAGAGUCAAGCUAAUUCUGAUAAUGAUGGAGUUAGUUCUCUAAGUCAAAGUUUAAAUAGUUUACAGUCUAAUCUUACUCAAUCAAACAACAACACUUAUAGAAUACGUUUUAAUAAAAAAGCAAGACUAGAAGCUAAGAAAUUGAAAGUACUGUCGAAGAAACUUCCACGUGCAAAACGAGUAAACUAUUGUAAAAAACAUGUGACGACUCAGUAUGCAACUGGUCCAGAUGUACUUACCCCAUUGAAGCUCUUGUCAAUUCUUUAUUUAGCUCUAAGAGCUGAUAAUAUAAAUAUUUAUAUAUCUGAUUUGAUAAGAUUUUGUAGAGAAAGCCAUCUGUCUUAUUAUAAUUUGGACCAUUUAAUUCCAUCGGAAGUAAUAUUAGAAAAAUGUGACGUUACUCUUUUGACGCAAACUACAGAUAUAACACACAAAGGUGUAAGAAGAACUGCUACGAGAGUAGCAAAAUUUUUAAACGUUUAUGAACUUGCUGAUCCUGAUUUUAUCACUUUAAUUAGAAGAUUUUGUGAGGAUCUUGAAUUACCAAAAGGUAUUUUAUUGUACGCAGAAAGGCUAUUUCUCUCAUCACCCUCAAUCAUGAAAUUCACAUCAAAAUCUUCAUUAAUUCCUAAUUACGAAGGCAGAGCAAUGGCUUAUAUCGUAGUAGUUUUAAAAACUCUAUUUGGUCUAGACGAUAUUACAGAAACAGAAAUAAGUCGAGUAGUAGAAAAAAUUAAUAGGGUAGCUAGUGAUAAGGAAAUAUUGACAGGAAAAUUAUUUAAUUUUUGUGAAUGGCAGAAAUAUAUCGAGUGUCGAAAAAAUAUAUUGAUAAACGUGCAUUUUCCAUCUAAAAUGAAGUACGAUCCUGAAUGUGUUGGAACCUCACAUUUGUAUAUGAGAUUCAUGAGCUUAAUGAGGUCUAAGCGAGAAACUAAUGUAUCAGAAGCAAAUUGUAAAUAUUCUGUAUUGCAAAAUUUAUCUGAUGCAUUAAAUAAGUGCAUCGAUAAACUUAACGAUAAUUUAAUACCCCUUAAAGAGAUGGAACUAUUUUCUCCUUCUUUUACACCAUUACAGUCAUAUACAGCUCAACUCAUAAAAAAUCCAUACUAUGAAAUUCCAAAUAUAUUAAAAAUGAAAUUUUAUGAGACUAAAGUUGGGUAUAUGACGAAGCCAAAUUCACUUAUUGAAUUAGCUUCUCAAUGUGGAAUAAAACUUAAAGUUGUAGAUUGUAGUUUACAUUAUUUAGAAAAAAUUGUUCCCCCAUUCGAGCAACCACGAAUGCCAACUCCAGAAGAAUUGUGUAAGCUUGUUAAAGUGGAACAUCCUAAACAUGUAAAUAAGAAUCAAAUUGUAAAUAAAAGUGAUAAUUUAUUAGAUUAUUCGCAUAGAAAUCGUCCUUGUAAAUUAAAAGUCAAUUUAAAAAGUUUCAAGUAUUACUCAUUAGUUUCUGGUAAACGUUUAGAUUCAGAUGAAACAUCAGAUGUGGAGGAAGAUGGUUUAUUUGAUCAACUUUUACCAGAUGGAAGACUUGAUAUUCAAAAUAAUAGUGAUUCUGAAGAGGAAAAUAAUUUAAAUAAAGUAAAUACAAAGGAUGCUAAUUAUACAGAUAAUAGAUGUGUGUUAAAUAAAGAGUUCUUUGAAAAAUGCAAUAUUAAAUUAUAUAAUCAUGAAAUAGAAUCGUUAUCAAAUGUUAAAAAAGUAAAAGAAAAGUACGUUCCGUCCCGAAACACGGGUGGUAAGUUCGUAAAAGUAUUACCUAAAAGGCACCAGGACGUUAAUAAGAAGAACAAGAAUAAACAAAUUGAAGAGAAUGUAAAUAACGAUUUUGAUGAAUUAGAUGUCGACGAUGUUACAUUUGAAACUCAUAUUAAAAAGAAGGGGUGUAAAAAUAUUAAUAAAAUGAUGUUUGAUAAUAAAGCAUUUGAAGUUCCAUUAGAUAAUGUUAAUUUAUCUGAUUCUGACAGCAAUGAUGGAAAUAUUGGUAAUCAAGCUCACAAUUCUUUCAUAAAUGAUUCCGAAAUAUUAUUUAGACCAUAUAAAAACUAUUGGAUGUAUCACUGUAUUUUUAGCCGAGUUAAAGGAAAAAAUUUCGACUUAUUUGAAAAAGAAUUGCCUCGGAACUUUUUGUGGUUGUUAAAUGAAUGUGCUAAUAUUAUUGAAAUGACCACGGAAGAUCUGUACGAAGAAGUUUGUUUAAUUGAAGCAUAUCACUUUAGUGUUUUAAAACCCGACAAUACGGAUAAAGAUUAUUCAGAUUAUCAGUUUCAUGAUUGCGAUUCAAAAUUGUACAGAAAUAAGAUUUUAAAUAAAUGGUAAUAAAAAAACUCUUCGGU